AUGACAAACACCAUCCAGAUCCCACCUGUAGAUGACUUCCACGUCCAUUUACGGCAAGGCGCGCUCAUGAAGACCGUAACUGAACUACUUCCCUCUAGUGGAGUAGGAACUGCACUUGUGAUGCCCAAUUUGAAGCCUCCAAUAUCAAACACAGAACAAGCACUACACUAUAAGUCACAAUUGCAAGCCAUUUGUCCAAACAUUGAAUUUCUGAUGACCUUGUAUUUGGGGCCUGAUUUGACCACUGAUGAGAUACGAAAGGCUCAUAAAGCUGGAAUUGUUGGUGUCAAAUCCUAUCCAAGAGGCGUAACAACAAACAGUGAUAGUGGAAUAGAGAGUUAUACAACGUAUUAUCCUGUCUUCCAGGUUAUGGAAGAAGUGGGCAUGAUUCUGAAUCUACACGGUGAAGUUCCAAGCGAUGAUGCAAAGGGCAUAUGCGUGUUAAACGCUGAAGAAAUGUUUCUAGAACACCUAAAACAGCUACAUCACGAUUUCCCACGUCUCAGGAUUGUUUUGGAGCAUGCUACAACUAGAGCAGCUGUAGAAAUGGUCAAGUCUCUUGGCGACACAGUUGGCUGCACAAUCACAGUACACCAUCUCGUUCUCACCGUAGACAACUGGGCCGGACAAUGUCACAACUUUUGUAAACCAGUUGCUAAAUACCCUCAUGAUCGUAAAGCAUUACAGGACGUUAUUCGAGAAGGACACCCACGCUUCUUCCUCGGAACUGAUUCAGCUCCACACGCCAAACACCUAAAAGAAUCAGGCACAGCUGUAGCUGGUGUCUUUACAGGUGCACAUGUCGCCGCAUAUACAGCAACCACACUAGACUCCUUCGGAGCAAUAGACAAGCUGAAAGCUUUCGCAUGUGAAAACGGAAGAAAGUUUUAUGGAUUGCGUGCUGCUACUAAUUCGGGAAUGAUCACAUUGGUUAAGAAGGAGGGAGCUGAUGCACUGAUUGUGGAGAAUGAGAUUGAGUUUGUGGAUGAUGAUGGGGUGAGGAGGUCUGUUGUGCCGUUUAUGGCCGGGAAGGGGUUGCAGUGGGUACUUGCUCAUUGA